CUCUACUGAGAUGCAGCGGUUGAUCUAACAAACUGUAGCCUACUGUGGCCAGUGCUAGCAGGAGAAAGCUCAUUGCGGCACCAGUCAGCUGAAGUUGUUGCUAGCUGUAGCGUUGCUGUAACAGAAAUCCCGCUGAGGGCGGAACUAUCCGAGCGGUCAUAUAUUAACACGGAACCUUUUUACGAACGGACUGGAAACAGCGUGCGUCCAAAACAGCGAACAUUAGAUUGACCAGUCAGAAAUCCAACCAUAAACAGAAAUGUUUCGGACUGGAUCAGUACUGUUAUUCAGGCAGAUUGUCAGGCACAGAUCGACAGAUACCAGUCUCAUUUUGGAGAGAUCCAUUAAUCGGGUGCAGCUGCUGGGGCGUGUGGGCCAGGACCCUGUUAUGAGACAGGUUGAAGGUAGAAACCCUGUCACCAUCUUCUCUAUGGCCACUAAUGAGAUGUGGCGCUCUGGAGAAGGAGAAGUCUCACAGACUGGAGAUGUCAGUCAGAAGACAACAUGGCAUAGAAUCUCGGUGUUCAAGCCUGGUCUAAGAGAUGUGGCCUAUCACUAUGUAAAGAAAGGGUCUCGGAUUCUUGUCGAGGGGAAGCUCGACUAUGGAGAGUAUGUGGACAAGAACAAUGUGAAACGGCAGGCCACCACCAUCAUUGCAGAUAACAUUGUCUUUUUGAGUGACUUACGGGAUCGAGAGUGAAGGAUUUUCCUAGAAGCUGAGUAAACAAUACAUAAUGUAUGAUAUUCUUAUUUCUUCUUUGGAGUGACCUGUAUAUUUGCCAGUUUGUUCAGCAGUUAAAUGAAGGUAUUAUAAUUGUCUGCCUUCCUAAUGUGACUAGGAGCUGAUAGUGACCAACUUUACGGUGAAUUUAUAUAUUUUGUCAAACAUUUGCUUUUAUUACUGAUUUAUUCAACAUUUGUAUUGUAAUAAAAUUCUGAACUAUA